CGGUCCUGCGUAAUGCGUGCGCAGCCUCUCAGCCUUGAGUCGCUACGUUGUGGCUGCGGUGAAGCGAUAAAGAGAAGCUUUAUCUAUUUAUUUAAAGUCUAACUGCUCUCACUCAUUGAUGCGUUACGGAGUGUGGCAGGUUUGGAAAGCUACCGACGGGUUUGUCUGCUGAAAAGGACUGCUGAGGAGAAUAAUGGAUGAGACCUGUCACUAGCACUGAAAGGACAUUUUGAAUGAUUCUUCAAGCUAAAACAUGGAGGGUAGUGAUCAUGUGUCCACAGCUAUUGAACACACCCAGACUGAUGUGUGUACCCCUGAGGUGGAAGGGGGUGGAGAAUUUGCCAGUAAAGUAGAAAGUGGAGUAAGUCCAUUAACUCCUUCUGAUUCCUGCAAUGGCAGUGCAGCAGCCGUGAGCAAGGGGAGGCUUUCCAAUCUGGUUGAGGCGCCGGCACCUUCAGUCGUGAGUGCCACUGCUGAUUCGCCUGGAGGUGUGGCUCUUAAAGUAGCCACAACUGUACUGCAUCCAGUCUGUCUGGGAGACAACCCGCUGAUGCUGCCCAUUCAUCUUCAGAUGGCUGGAACAGCUGGAGCUCAGCUUGGCCAAGUGGGGGCUGCACCAUACUUAAUAAGCCAAAGCCCUGUUUCGCUACCCCUUGUACUGGACCAACAGGUGCUCCAGCACUUAAGUCCAUCUGUAAUGCCUCCAACUGCUAACUGCCCCUCUUUGUCACUCCAGAACAGCGUUCUGUGUCAGAAUCCUUUAACAUUCAGCUUGCCACCAACAGUAGAACAGAAGGGAGUAGGACCAGCACAAGAUGCCAACCUCCUCUCUGUCAUUCAGAACCCAGCCUUUGCAGCCAUCUUACAGGACCUCUUCACAUCCCAGGCCACGUCAUCAACCUGUCAGUCACCAGGCUCUACCUUCUUCCCGCUUCCACCCUUGACACCUCCCUAUACCUCCCCUCUGGCUCCUCUGGUUCCUCCAGCCACACUUCUAGUCCCCUAUCCUGUCAUCAUUCCUCUGCCAGUGCCUCUGCCCAUCCCUCUUCCUAUUCCCAUUCCAGUCCCUCAAACUGAAGAUUCAAAGGGGAACAUGACAACUCCGGUUUGCACUGUGAGCAAAAGCACUCAGACUUAUCUGAAAGAUGCUACCUCUCCUUCUUUGUUUUCAAGUAAAUGGUUACCACCAUUUCAUCAACAAAAUGUGUCCCAAACCUCCAUUCCUUUAGAAGAAGGACAGGCCCUAGACCUUUCUGUUAGGACGUGUCCAGUGGAACCAAAACAUGAAUACCCUUGUCUGCAGGACAGUGUGCUCGAUCUGUCAGUAGGUGGUGUGAGGAAAAAGUGUGUUCAGUCUUGUAACUCUGGUGAGAGAGAAUUUGCUUUCCAGCAUGGCCAAGAUUCCAGUGGUACAACAUUAUCUCUGGGUGUUGAAUGCACCCAGAGUUUAGAUUCUAAACUCCUAGGCAGUCUAACUUCACUGGAGUUCAGCCGGCAACAUAAGUGGGUGGUUGACAGCAGUGCGGGUACAUCUAGCUCUCUGGGCCAGGAGGCGUCUCUUAGUGGAGCGGGAAACCUUGAGAUAGUCAGCACCUCGCAGACAGCCAAGGUCAUUGUCUCUGUGAAAGAUGCAAUUCCUGCUAUCCUCUGUGGAAAGAUCAAAGGCCUUUCAGGGGUAUCUACCAAGAACUUUUCCAUCAAACGGGAUGGCAGCCGUGGUGCAUCACUACACCAGCUGUAUGGAGUGCCGUCCAUCUCCCACAGGGAGCAACAUGACCAUAAUGACCCGCUUAAAAAGGUCCCUAAAAACAGAGGUAUCAAAUUGAAGAAGGUCAGCUCACAACAGAUCCAUUUCCUUCCCAUUAAGAAGCAGCGACUGGCAGCGUUGCUUCCCAGGAAGUGAAAGUGCUGAGUGGAGGGGUUAACUGUGGAGCCGCUCUGUGGACAUCCCUCUGGAGCACAGUUCUGUAACAUAACACACAUGGAGGACAUUCUGUAAUCAAACAUACAUGCAUGUCCAAUCGAAGAAGCGAUUGAGUCCAAAUGUUGCAGAUUCAUGAAUGUCUGUCAUUGCUGUGCCCCUCAUUAAUGCACUGCUCUAUAGUGUUAUGUUGAACCGUUUUAAACUUAAUGUUUUUGAUUAUGGCAGC